AUGGCCUCAAAAUCCACUGCUCUCUGCCAUAUUAGAUCAAUUAGCUUGCCUUGCAGAUCACAUCCUACAACUCUUCGAAUUGAAGAGGAGUUAAACAAGAUCAAAAGAUGGGAAACAUCAUCAACUUCAGAGGCAAUCUGCACAGGCCUUUGCAGAUUGGCAGAGUUGUACAAGCGCAUGGAUGAUCUUCUCAACUUGCCUCUGACCAUCCAAGCCUUCUCACAACAUCAAAAUCAGAAAUGGGGUGAAGAGUUCUUGGAUGGAUCAUCGAGACUUGUAGACAUCUGUGGCAUUUCAAGGGAGAUCAUCUUUCAGCUUAAGGAAAAUGUAAGAGAUUUUCAGUCUUCUCUAAGGAGAAGAAAGGGAGAUUCAAGCACGGAAACAAGCAUUGCCAACUACACAUCUCUUAGAAGGAAGACGAAGAAAGAUGCCCAAAGAUCAUGUUAA